ACUUAGUAGCUUCACAAAAAUUGUCAAGGAAAAAAAUCAUGCAUCUAUUAUACAAAAUCAUUUUCUCACUACUUCUGUGCAUUUCAAUUGCAGAAUCUCAAGACCUUUCAGGCCCUUUAGGGGAAUUUUGCAAUGAGAACACAAAAAUUAGCAGUGGAGGAAAAUUAUCAGCCAAUAUUGAUAAACUCUUAGCUGAAUUUAUCCUUAAAACCCCCUCCACAGGCUUUGUUGCUACUUCAUAUGGCAAUAACCAAGACCAAGUUUAUGGUCUUGCUCAAUGCAGAGGAGAUGUGAGCACUCAAGACUGCUCCAAUUGUAUUCAAGAUGCAGCAAAGCAAAUCCGUCAAAAAUGUCCAAACCAAGUUGAUGCAAGGAUUUGGUAUGAUUAUUGCUUUUUGAGGUACAAUAACAAGAGUUUCAUUGGUGAUGUUGAUACAUCUUUUGGCAUAUUCUAUUUCAAUGUUGAAAAUGUGACUGACCCUGAAGGUUUUAACAAAGAACUUGGAUCUCUGAUGGGAAAAAUUAGAGGACAAGCUGUUAAGCCGAAAGCACAAGGGCUUGGGAAGGGAAAGACCAAUUUGUCCCCGUUUUUGACACUUUAUGCCUUGGUGCAGUGCACAAGGGACUUGUCUGAGAUAUCUUGUGCUCAAUGUUUGGCUGUUGCAGUUAGCAACUUCCCCACAUUUUGCGACAAUCGCAAAGGUUGUAGAGUUCUAUACAGUUCUUGUUAUGUUCGGUAUGAGCUCUACCCGUUUUUCUUCCCUCUUGAUUCAAGCAAAACAGGAGAUUCCAAUGUAGCAAGGGCUAUUGUUUAUCCUUAUUGAAUGCGCCAAGGUCAUUUAGCAGUGCCAAAAGUCCAUGUAAUGGAAAAUGUUGUUGUUACCUCUUAAAUAUGGAAGUUGCAUUUGAAAAGAAGAUCAAAAGACUUUGUCAUACAAAAAAAAAAAAGUGAUAAAAGAAAGAAGUGGACGUACAAAUAAGAAGACGUUGUCUCACUUGUCUCAGUGUGUGUUUAGAUUUCAGUUUGCAAAACAGAGUUUGAGUCAAUGUGAGUUUAUUGUAAUGUGAUUUAUGUUUGGAUACUUUUAUUUUAAAAGUAAGUUUGAUAAAUUGAUUUUGUUUGGAUAAUAUUAACCAAAAGUACUUUCAUAGUGUAUAGUACUAUAAAAGUUCAAUAUCAAUUAACCAACCAACUUUCAUCCAAAGUAGACGUGAGGAUUGAGUGGAGUUGAGUGAAAGUGGGUUUUGGACACAAAGUGGGUUAAGGUGUUUGGAUUUUUCAAACUUUGUAGAUGAAUACAAGCUUUGAUAUCUAUCUAAUGAAUAUUCUAUGUUCGUGGA